CAUUUGUUAAAUGGUGAGUACUUCUGCCUCUUGUGCUCUGGAGAUGAUGAACUUCGAUGAGGAAGUUGAGACGUAGAUUCAAUCCGCUAUUUCUUCAGUACUAGCUGUCCCUCUUUCUCGCGUCGUCAUCUUGUAUCUUUGGCAAACCGGCAACAGUGAAACAUCCAAUGAUGACAGACUUCUAUAAACACCUCCUGCCGAGUCUGAGUCCCAGGUUGUGUAGCUACCGGCCCGGGUACAAAUACAGCUGCGCGGGGGCCGUCUCCAGAAGUGCGUAACAUCCUGCCGAGAGUGUGACAAGGAAUGCGUCAUCGAAGACGUCUGUCUCUUUCUCACCACAUGACUCCUUAAGUUAUCAUUUAGCCUUUUAAGGUGCCUGGUAGCCCUUUCGCAGUUUCAGAGGAUAUAUAGGAAAUCACUGUUAGGCGUUCUGGGGACCCGGAGUCAACCUAGGACACAGCAAAGUUAUCACCGUUAGAAUUGUAGCUGUCUGACUUUGACAUUAGUUUACGACAUGGCUCGCCUGAGGAUGAUGUACCUGUGUGUUUGUGUUUGCGUUAUGACAUCCCUGCUGGCGGACGCAGCUCCGAUCCAGGGUCCAACCAUCCAAGACGUCACCAUCCAGGGUUCUACCAUCAAGGAACCCACGGUCCAGGACCCGGUGAAGAUGGACCUGUUGUUCAUCGUGGACAGCAGUGAUGGCGUCGGACAGAGACAGUUCCACAGAUUCAAACGGAGCAUGAAGACGACAGUGCGCAAUUUCCCCGCCGCCAUCGACAAGGACAACGUGCGGGUCGCCAUGAUCAUGUUCUCAGACAAGGCCGAGACUCGCGUGUUCUUCCAUCUGUACGACAUGUAUGACAAGGAGGAGAUAAUAAACGCCAUUGGAAACGCCAAAUACACAGGGAAUCCAGGCAGAAUGAUGGGCCAGGCUCUGGGUUUAGCCAAAGAAAAGGUUUUCCACCAGGAGCGGGGAUCGCGGGAGGACGCGCACCAGCUCGUGUUCCUCAUGACAACCGGGCCCAGUGACGACCCCAAGGAGGUACAACACCAAGCAGCAGAACUGCUCAACAACGGAGUGGAACUCUUUGCCACUGGGAUAGCCAUCGACUCACCCAUUGAUAAAGAGGAGUUGCUGAAAAUCGUGUCAGAUCCGCCUGAAACCCACCUGUACAUCCUGCAAGCCGGCCGUUGAACAUCAUCUUAUGCCAGCACGCAGUUCGGACUGGGAACAUGCUGGAACACGAUGAAAGACAGCCGCACAAUUGGUGGCUUUUGUACUGACCUACCACUGCCAUGCUACAUCCCCACUAGGCAUUAUUUCCAGCCUAACUGCCCUAUCCAUUCUGGAACCUUCUACAGUACAAGCCUAGGCCUCCUUCUCAGACUUCUGAAGUGGCAGGGUUUAUGUUUUUUUGGGAGUGCUAAUUUGCGAUUUUCAACAUGGGCUAAGGUUCUGUGCUGCAAAAGGGGAGUUUCCCAACUGGGUUCACUCAUUUUCCUGGCAUAGAGAAUAUUUUGAUAGCCCAAGUUGAAAAUCACAAAUCAGCACUCCCCCUGAAUAAUAAACUCCACCACUCCAGAAAUCUGGGAAGGAGGCGACUACAGUACAAUGCUUGUGACAUUUUACCAUGUAAGUAGAUGUUUGAACCAUCAAUUGUAUGAAUAAACCUCUGCUCGAUCUGAUGCAUGUGCUAUCACGUCUUCAGGGGUUGAGGAGGGAAUUAAGGUCAGAAGUUCUUUACCUCUUCCAGCAAGUUUAAUCUGUAUACACCAUUAAGGCUUACCAGUCCCUUGACCAUACAUCUAAAUAUAAAACCUGUUAUAUGUUUAUCCCUUUCUUUUUUUUAAAUCCCAAAAUUGAAAUGAAAUUCUGUUAUGUACAUGUAGGCUAGCUGAUACGUGUUACUAUGUAUAUCACAGUUUUUACCAGUAUUACAAGUAUAUUCAUGUGGCAUUCUAAGUCACAUCACUAUACACACGAAACAUUACAUGCACAUUCCAAUUUUUAAUUUUUAUAUGGUUUGGAUAAAAAGAUACAGUAUUAUGCAUAUGCACAUUCAAAGCUUUUUUGAGAGAGGUACAAAAGGUUAGUUAAAAAGGUAUUACUAUUAGAAAUGCACCUCUGACCAAUUUUGAGCCGUUACUCUACCUUUUGAAUGAAAGUUUUAACAACUAAUGUUCAGUAAUGUGAUUGGCACAUUUAAUGUGCCAGAAAACAUAGUUAAAGAUUGCCAUAAUAGUACAUUUAUCUUUCUGGAAAUUGUAUUGUUACUGAAGUUUGUAUUUAUCUGAUACACAUUACUUACUCAGUAUAUACUUUUCUACGCUUAAACUUAUACCCAUUUUUAUACCAUUCUUUUUAUACAUUAAACAGGCAAACGUGGCACAAAAAUAUGACUUAUUUUCAUUUUCUGUGUGAUGUGUAAAUGUUAAAUGGGCCCCAAUUUUUUUUACAAAAUUUCUUGUACAACACUGUGCACUGAAUGGCAUGUUGAAGAAAGGAGCACAAGCUUGCAGUUCUCAAAUAGUGGAAAAAUUUAUUCCAUUGACUUGACAUGACAUAAUGCUGUACAGAUACCUGUAUGACAGACCUCUGCAGACUUAAAAGCAGUCAGGUGACAGAAGUGGCAUCAAUUGCAUUAUAUUUUUGGUCUGUAUCUAGAUGCUUCCUGGUAUCAGGUUUAAAAAGACAGUGAAACUAGAGCAAAUGUUGCUGCA